CCAGGUGGGAUCUGGUACAAUUACAAAAGUUAACAGCUAGGCAUGCAGUUCCAGUUGUUGUUGAGAAUCCAGCAACAAGCGCAGAACCUGUGAAAAUGCGAAAACAGAGCAUAACUAUCAAUCAGGUGCUAUAUGUCUUCUCCCUCCUCUCCGGUUCCAAUGUUUCUUUGGGAUAUGUCUUCAAUCGACCGAGACGUUCCGGAGAAUGGGACGAAACUUCAUCACAUUCAGAAUUUCUCUCGGACUCGCCGUGGAUAAGCACCUCGGGAUCAUGCAAGGGCCGGUGCUUUGAGCUGACGGAGGUUGAGCCGCCCAACUGCCGCUGCGACAACCUAUGCAAAACCUACGACAGCUGCUGCUCCGAUUUCGACGAGCACUGCUUGAAAACGGAGGGGGGCUUCGAGUGCAGUAAGGAACGCUGUGGGGAAGUCCGAAAUGAGGAGCAUGCCUGUCACUGCUCAGAGGACUGCCUGGCCAAGGGGGACUGCUGCACCAACUACAAGACUCUCUGCAAAGGUAACACUCCAUGGGUGCAGGAUGAGUGUGAGGAGAUCAAGACCCAAGAAUGUCCCACAGGCUUCGUGCGUCCUCCGCUCAUCAUGCUGUCAGUGGACGGGUUCCGUGCCUCAUACAUGAAGAGAGGGAGCGCCGUGAUCCCCAAUAUUGAUAAACUGAGAACCUGUGGCACGCACGCCCCUUACAUGAGACCCAUGUACCCUACAAAGACCUUCCCCAAUCUGUACACUCUGGCAACGGGCCUGUAUCCCGAAUCGCAUGGAAUUGUGGGCAACUCCAUGCACGACCCCGUGUUUGACGCAAUCUUCAGCCGCAGGGGGCGAGAGAAGCUCAACCAUCGCUGGUGGGGGGGACAGCCUAUCUGGAUUACAGCUCCGAAGCAAGGAGUAAAGGCAGGAACGUUCUUCUGGCCUGUGGUGAUCCCCCUGGAGAGAAGAGUGCUGACCAUGCUUCAGUGGCUCCACCUGCCAGAUGGAGAGAGGCCUUACGUCUACGCCAUGCACUCAGAGCAGCCAGACACGUUUGGGCACAAGAUGGGGCCCCUGACCGCUGAGCUGAAUGGCCCCCUGAAGGAGAUUGAUAAGAUCGUUGGGCAGCUGAUGGACGGCCUAAAGCAGAUGGACCUGCACCGCUGUGUCAACAUCAUCCUAGUGGGAGAUCACGGCAUGGAAGAGGCUCACUGUGAUAGGACAGAGUUCUUGAGCUCCUACAUGUCUAAUGUGGACGAUAUCAUUCUGAUACCUGGGUCUUUGGGGAGAAUUCGCUCCAGAUCACCCAACAACCCUAAAUAUGAUCCAAAAGCAGUUGUUGCAAAUCUUACAUGUAAGAAGUCUGAGCAGCACUUUAAGCCGUACCUCAAGCAGCACCUCCCCAAGCGGCUGCACUACGCCAACAACCGGCGAAUUGAAGACAUCCAUCUGCUGGUGGAGCGAAAGUGGCAUGUUGCCAGGAAAGCUCCAGAAGGUAAAAAACAUCCUGGGAAGUGUGGCUUUUCUGGUGACCAUGGUUACGAUAACAAGAUCAACAGCAUGCAGACCAUAUUUUUGGGUUAUGGGCCUUCAUUCAAAUUCAAGACCAAAGUGCCAGCUUUUGAGAACAUUGAACUUUACAAUGUCAUGUGUGACCUACUGGGCUUGAAGCCUGUCCCUAACAACGGGACGCAUGGCAGUUUGAACCAUCUGCUGAAAAACCCCUUCUACAAACCCACAAUGCCUGACGAGGUGUCCAAGCCCACCCCCUCUGUCCCCACCUCUGCCAUCACCGACGACUUGGGGUGCAGCUGCGAGGACAAGAACAAAAUGGAAGAGCUCAAUCAGAGACUGAGGCAAGCUCUGGACGACAGCAAGAACCUUCCUUAUGGUCGACCGGCAGUUAUGUUCAAAACAAAAUACAGCAUUCUUCACCACAGUGACUAUAUCAGCGGCUACAGUGAGACUCUCUCUAUGCCCCUUUGGACGUCAUACACUGUCCCUAAGCUGGUGGACGUCACCCCUCUCCCUGAGUCUCUGAGCAAUUGUGUGAGGCCAGAUAUUCACGUUCCCCCAGCCUACAGUCAGUCCUGCUCAGGCUACAAAGCAGACAAGCAGAUCUCCUACGGCUUCCUCUACCCCCCCCAACUGGCCUCGACCCCUGAGGGGAGGUACGACGCAGUCCUGAUCACGAACACCGUCCCCAUGUACCCCGCGUUCAAGAGGGUGUGGACCUUCUUCCAGAGGACGCUGGUAAAACGCUACGCCAGCGAGAGAAACGGGGUCAACGUGGUCAGCGGCCCCAUCUUUGACUAUGACUAUGAUGGCCUCCGGGACACGGCAGAGAAGAGGAAACAGUACGUGAGUGGUACAGUCCCCAUCCCCACACACUACUACAUCGUGAUCACCAGCUGCCUGGACUACACCCAGACUGUGGACUCCUGUGACGGUCCCCUCAGCGUCUUCUCCUUCAUCCUGCCGCACCGACCAGACAACGAUGAGAGCUGCAAUAGCUCUGAGGAUGAGUCUAAGUGGGUGGAGGAGCUGAUGAAGAUGCACACGGCGCGAGUGCGCGAUGUUGAGAUCCUCACAGGCCUGGACUUCUACCGCCGAACCAGCAGGAGCUACACUGAGAUCCUCUCCCUAAAGACUUACCUCCACACGUAUGAGAGCGAGAUCUAAACCACUACGUCUCCAAUCAUUAGGUGUACAUUUUAUACCAAUCCUCAUAUUUAUUAUUCCUUCCAUUGUUUUAUGCCCUUUAGUACUCUAACCCUAUGUAACUAAAUUUCCUUCUGUUUCUGAUUCUGUUUUUUGAAAAGCAAGCAUGAAUGGACUUUUGUAUUCUUUUAAAUAAUUGUAUAAUAUGUCUGUGUUCUGAACACUACUGAGUGUAGUGUUUAUGAGAGGAGUGUACCAGAUGUGGCUGUGGUGGCUGGAAGCUUUGAGUGAUGUGUUUUUUUCUGUGUAUGAAAAUGAAUAUGUAAUAUCAGCUGUCAUGUACCACCAAAUGGGUAAUUGAUGCCUUAUGCUUUAACCUCUAUGAAAAUGAAUCAAA